UUUGAGCCUUCCUUAUUUCUCAGAGAGGAAGUAUGUGGCCUGUUUGGCAAAUGCUGCUCUACAUGACAGCGUGAACUUCACAACACACUCAUUCGACCGGCUGCUCCUCGACUUGAUCAGCUAAACCUUGCUGGCAGCACGAGAGCUCUACUAUGACUACGGCUUUUUUCAGAAAUACUGCAACCUGGAAUGCCAUGCCAAGCAUUUAAAGUUCCGAAGAACUUUGACGGAAUUAGCGCGCACAAUGGGAAAUACUGUGAAAACUCCAAGAGCAUCUGAGGAAACAACCAUGCCGARCCAAACGGGUCAGGAGAGUGACUUCCUUGCUGUUCUCUAUGACUAUCCUUCAGCAGAUAUAAGCCAACCWAUAUUUCAUGUAGGGGAAAAACUACGUGUGCUAUCAGAUGAAGGAGGCUGGUGGAGAGUCCAUUCCCUUACAACAGGUCGAGAAAAUUACAUUCCAGGAAAAUAUGUAGCAAAGGUUUAUCAUGGCUGGUUAUUUGAAGGGCUGGGAAGAGAAAAAGCAGAGGAACUUCUACAGCUACCCAACACCAAGGUYGGCUCCUUCAUGAUCAGAGAGAGUGAAACUAGGAAAGGUUUAUAUUCCCUGUCAGUGAGGCACAGGCAGGUGAAACAUUACCGGAUCUUCCGCCUCCCCAAUAAUUGGUAUUACAUCUCUCCACGGCAAACCUUCCAGUGCCUUGAAGACCUUGUCAACCACUACUCAGAAGUUGCUGAUGGCCUCUGCUGUGUCCUCACAACACCUUGUCUUACCCAGUGCACCAACAACAACACCGUGACAAAUCCAGUUCCUCCUGUGGUGAUGCGGAAUAAAAAUUUCAGCUGGAGAAACAUUCACAGGCUGGAGGUGACUGAAGAUACCAAAAGCACCCUGGCAGCAAUGGAUGAGUCUUGCCUCAGCUAUGGCCUGAGGGAAAGCAUCACUUCCUACCUCUCCCUAACAGAGGACGACAAUUCUUCUUUUGCAAGCACCAGAAGGAAGAAAUCCCARUCUCUCAUUUACACAGGCAGCAAGCGUAAGAGCGCCCUUCACUUCCCACCUGCCUACUUUGAGGACUAAAUACAAGACAAACAGRAAAAAAACACAAACUGACUAGUUGGAAGAGAAACCAGAGCAUCCUGUGGUCCUGAAGUCCUUUGACAGCUGAGAAAUACAGCCAGUCCAGCUGGUGACCCAACCCCAGCAGUGCUUCUGCAUUUUCUCUUCUAAAUGUCAACCAGAAAUCUUCUCAAGGGUGCUAUCUCAGCCAUGGCAUAUGUUGGGAAUGUCCCCAGAGUACCUGAAAUUAGAACUGCCUCAAAAACAGGAUAAACUGAGAUGGACUCUAAGUCAAAAUCCAAAUGGUGCAGGGGAAGUGCCCAGCUUUGUACAGAGGUGACUGCAAAGGGAAGGACUAACUACAGCUCAAGAACUUAAAUUAAGUCUUAUUUUGGCAUUCUCCACAAGGCUGAAAACCUUCUUUACAGAGCCUGCCUAGGUUGAAAAAAUGAGCCUUUUUCUUCUCAAGAUGGAAUUAUCCAUUGUCAUUGAGAAUGGGUCAGAAAGCCAUCAAUAACCCCAAGAAAAUACCUAACACCUGGUAUCAAAGAAGUACCUGGUUAUAGUGACUCCAUACUUACCUUAUAGGAGAAAGAACUAAAAUCACUGACUUUACAAGCAGCAUUCAAUUCUCUUGCUGGCAAUGGCCUGCAGUGUCAUAAAACAAUCACAAAAUUAGGAAUGGGAUUAAUUUCACUGAGUUCCUGUUCAUUCCUGAGAUGGGAGUUCAGGCAUAGCCAAACAUGUAACUCCACUGCUCAUGAUAAAGCAGAUAAAAGAGAAAACAAAGGGGGGGCUUAAGCAAAAAGUAAAAUGUGAUAACAUUGUGCCUAACUUGUAAAGGUUGGCUUGCAAAGGUGUGACCUUUCAUGUAUACAGGAAAAUAUUUUAACUUCAACUUCUGAAGUCAGCCACAUAUUUAUGUAUAAUAUUUAUAUUAAUAGCAGCUUUUUAAGCAAUUAAAAUAAGAGAACAAAUCAGUAACCAUGGAUGUCAGAGAUGYUUCCUAAUUUCUUGUCUGAAGGGAGUCAUGUCAAAUAGUAUUUACACUUUCCAUCAAACCACUUAAGGAUGAGAAGGUUUUCUGAAAUUUUUUUUUUUUUACAUGUAUGUACCCUUCUUUAAGUGAUAAAAGAUUUUCCUUUGAAUCUGCCUUCUGAUUGCUUUCUAAACCAAGGAAUCACUCACACAUGAGGGUGUAAAAUGCUGCAGCCUAUGUUCUCAAGCUUAGAUAGUUUCAAUCCAAUAUUCUCUUGUACCUUUUUUUGCACAGAUUUGAAUAAUGAAGGUUUGAAGAAACAGAGAAUUGGAGAGGUUAUAUAUAAAUAUAUUUACUUGUAAACAACUCUUAGGAAAAAUCUAUGUGCUCUUUWAAUCUGGCAUCAUGUCAUUUGCACUAGCAAGAAAGGUUCAGGGAUCUAAAUAUUGCCCAGCCUAUUUAAGCAUAUUUCAGAAUUUAAAAUGAUGAAUGUGAUUUGGCCAGUAAACAUUGAACUACAAAAAGCAAAAGAAACUCAGGAACUCUAGGCAUUUGUAUAAUCUGAUUACURUUACUAAUAAUUAAUAUUUUACGGUGACUGCGUUUUAUCCAUGAAAUGUAUAUGGGGAGCAUUACAGAUGUCUAAGUCAUGACUUGUAUUUAUUCAUUAAAAUAAUAUUCAGUAGUUACUUUGUGUUGCUUUUAGAAAAWGGAAAACCUGGUGAGCACUUUUACAAGUACCCAGUCUGGCAAUGCCAGUGCCACAAGGUGUCUGAUGGAAGGUGACARAAGAAUAACAGAGCCCACGCAAUUGGCAGCACUUGGACACCCUCUGUGAGAAGGGGAUAAGACAGUUCUGAUGUUGACAGGUUCAACAAUCACAGACCAGCUCAGCCUGAAAAGGAGCUCCAGACAUCCUCUGCUCCAACCCCCCUGUUCCAGCAGGGCCACCUUGAGCCAUUU